GUAGCUUGAACCUUCCUUGCGCGAGACCCCCCAUCGUCAUUCCAGACGGGACCCUGCCCCUCCCCCUUCCUGGAUCGUGACCCCUUUCCUCCUCGCCCCGAGGCCUGUGGCGACUGGGACCGUUGCGGCAGAACCAUGGAGGAAAAGCCUUUCAAAGCAUUGGCCAAGUCUUCGGGCCGCCAGGGCUCAGGCAAGUCGAGCCGGCACAGCGACAUCCGGAAGCUGUGGACCACGGCCACGCUGUCGCAGCCGAAGGUGAAUGUGGCGCUGUCCAGUGUCUGCGACGACUCUGAGGCCAGCAGCGUGGGCGGCAACACUCGCCGCUGGUACGACCAGAAGGCUGGCCGCCACUCGGACAUCGGCUGGGAAGACUCAGAGGACGGAGAGGACAAAGACAGCUUCAGGCAAGAGGAACUGGAGGAGCACUCCUUGCUGGAGCUGCAGCUGCACGGCGGCAGCUCCCUGGGAAGCCGUUUAGAGGAGGGGGACGACGAUGCCAGGACCGAGACCGAAAGGUCUUCCUCAAUGUCAUCACUCAAUUUCUCGAAGCACACACACCACCGAGCCUACUGGGUGGAGCAGCAGAGCAGGCUGCCGCUGCCCCUGAGAGAACUCAUGGAGAAUGAAGCUCUGGAAAUCCUCACCAAAGCCCUCCAGAGCUACCGGUCCGGGAUUGGCCGGGACCACUUCCUGACCAAGCAGCUGCAGCGACACAUCGAGGGGCUCAAGAGGCGCCGGAACAAGAGGCUGCACGUCUCGGUGCACUGAGAGCACCGCUUCGCGCUCGAGUGACGGCCCGACUCCAGCCCCGGUCCCUGUCCCGUCCCCAGACCCAAGCCCGACCCUGUCCACGUGGAAUUUGAGCCCUAGAGAAUAAAAGAGUCUGUGCAUGGUCAGCGAGUCAGUGCGUGGCUGCCCGCGUGAGGCGGACGCACGUGGCCCCGCCUUUCCGCGUGACCUUCACUCGGUCACCGCAGUGACCUUGAGCGUUCUCCGUCCGGGCCGUUUCGGUUCCGUCUUCCCGGGACUCGAAAUCCAGGACUUCUUGCAUAUUUUAGGUCUGCUUCUCCCACCCCGGAUUCAGCAGCUUUGUGGGGAU